AUGUUUGCUUGACGCCAUCUUGACGAUUCCUUCGGCUGAACGCGGGCAAAGGAGAAAAACGUCUCCCCGCUUAAACAUAUCUAAGACAGAAUUUUACACACUUUUUCGUCAAAAUAAAAACAAUAUGUCGGAGUCAGAUAAAUUAAAUGUAGACAACAUCAUAGCACAACUUUUAGAAGUUCGUGGUUCAAGACCUGGCAAAACUGUACAACUGACUGAAUCUGAAAUCAGAGGAUUAUGUUUAAAGUCUCGUGAAAUCUUUCUUAGUCAACCUAUUUUACUAGAGCUGGAAGCUCCAUUAAAAAUUUGUGGUGAUAUUCAUGGACAAUAUUAUGACUUAUUACGACUCUUUGAAUAUGGAGGUUUUCCACCAGAAUCAAAUUAUCUUUUUCUUGGAGAUUAUGUUGACAGAGGAAAGCAGUCGCUAGAAACGAUAUGUUUGUUACUUGCAUACAAAAUAAAAUACCCUGAAAACUUCUUUUUAUUACGAGGAAAUCAUGAAUGUGCAAGUAUAAACCGUAUAUAUGGCUUCUAUGACGAGUGUAAAAGACGAUACAAUAUAAAAUUGUGGAAAACCUUUACUGAUUGCUUUAAUUGUUUACCAGUAGCAGCCAUUUUAGAUGAAAAAAUAUUCUGUUGCCAUGGAGGUUUGUCGCCCGAUCUUCAAUCGAUGGAACAAAUCCGUAGAAUAAUGAGACCAACAGAUGUUCCUGACCAAGGCUUGCUGUGUGAUCUACUUUGGUCCGAUCCUGAUAAAGAAGUUUCCGGUUGGGGGGAAAACGAUCGUGGUGUCUCGUAUACGUUCGGUCCUGAUAUUGUCGCAAAGUUUCUUCACAAGCAUGAUUUCGACUUAAUAUGCCGCGCACAUCAAGUGGUGGAGGACGGUUACGAGUUUUACGCGAAACGACAACUCGUUACUUUAUUUUCCGCUCCUAAUUAUUGUGGAGAGUUCGAUAACGCUGGAGCUAUGAUGAGCGUGGACGAAACAUUGAUGUGCUCGUUUCAGAUAUUAAAGCCAGCUGAUAAAAAAAAAUUCCCGUAUGGCGGUUUCGGCGGAGGCCGGCCAAUAACGCCACCACGUAAUGCUCCAGGUGCUGGUGCAACGCCCAAAGGUAAAGGCGGUAAAAAGACAUAGAUUUAUAAAUAUUGAUAGUGUCGUUAACUGGUAUUCCAGUUUUUUAUGUAUAUAUAUGUUACGUGAGCCUUCACACAACGUCGCUGUCGUACGGAGACUUACAACACCACAACUUGAAGAACGCAUUUUAAUUUGCUGCAGACAAAAACUUAUCCAAAAAGAUGUCAUCGAUUGAAAAAUUAUAAAAACGACGCACUCAAGCCUUCGUGUAAUUAAAGUGUGUUUUUGUUUUAACUUGGACUAGAUUCCUGUUUGUUUUCCAAAUAGAUCUCGGUUUCUUUUAAAAACGACGCACUCAAGCCUUCGUGUAAUUAAAGUGUGUUUUUGUUUUAACUUGAACUAGAUUCCUGUUUUUUUUCCAAAUAGAUCUCGGUUUCUUUACUGAACUCGGACUGGAAUUUAGUUUAUUUACUGUAAUUAAACUCUGUGUGCACUAACUAUUUAUAAUUCUGCUUAAUCCCUUUUGCUUAUGUGGCAGUUAUAUAUGCACACAUACUCAUGCUUUCACUGUGACAUGAACAUCUAGAUUCUUCAGGUAAUUUUAAUUAUAUUUUAGAACUAUAAAAUUUUUUUGAAGCGCUGACUAAUCUUAAGCGUCAUUUUAAAUGUCUAGCUUGUUUUGAUGAGCAACUUGUACAGUGUGUCAACGUUACGUAUUCGCAUUUUUAAACUUCUCGUGCAGUUAGAAAAAAUUGUAUUAUAUUGUGAUGAAUAUAUAAUGCAUGUUGA